AGAGAGAGGAGCCUCAAUUUUGUGAGUACUGUGACUCUUGUUUCACCGUGGAACAUAUCCUCAUUGAUUGCCCCAGAUACCAGGAUGUUAGGAUAGUAGGAUAUGCAACUUAAAAACAUCGUUUGAUAAUGCCGAUAUUAGGACGGUACUGGGCUUUGUCCGGGAGGUGGGAUUGUCUGCGAAUGUUUGAUCUGUGAUAGGGCAAAGAAAUUGUGAAUAUAUAAUAUUUACAAAAGAUUUUUAUUAAAUUAAUAAACUUUUACUAUUUUUACUAUCUUAACUGGUGAAUGGACCUUGUUUUUUGAUGACUUGACUGUAUAAAGUUUAGCUCUUGCGAUAUGAAAGGAGUAUAACCCUUGAGGGAUUAUUUACAUGACAUGGCCUCAAUUGUGCCGAUGUGCUAAAAACCCGGAUACAACAAAAAGGUAUUUAUUUUUAGGUUUUCCGCCACGUAUUAAAAUCUUCAAUACUUUCGUCUUUUGUUUCCCCUUCAGACCAAAGAGCUUUCUAUUGGAGGAUCUGCUUCCAUGUAUGAACAUCUUAACAAUACACACACAACACACGCAAUACACUCAUUGAAAUAAAUCAAUCGUGCUGGAUAUUGUAUAUAUGCAUGUUGCUCUACGCGAAGUUUUCAUAAGAUUACCAUACACUUAGGGCGGCAGGUGCAGAUGACAAGGAACAAAAGAUUGGAGGAUUUUUAGAGCGAUUUCAUGUAGAUAUAUGAACCAGCAUGCAUUUUUUUGCGAGAAAUUAUCUACAGAUUCUUCUGUUUGGUUUCGUUCUGAUUUGUACCUUCUACGGUUGGCGAAAACUAGGCUACAGCCUAUUGCAGGGCAUGUUUGAUGCCAGAAGCCCCUCAGCUAUCAUCGACAACGACAAACUGAUGAAAUGGCAACUGGAAGGGAAGGUCCAUCGCGAGCUUGGAGGUGAUCGACACGAUAAUACUAUCGUUUCCCGGAAACCAAAGGAUAAGGUCAAGGUCAAAGUUCUUGUUUGGGUCAUGACUAGUCCAAUGAACUUACAGACCAAAGCCAAGGCCGUCAAAGAGACCUGGGGUAAACACUGUGACAAGGUGAUCUUUUUCAGUUCAGAGACAGACCAAAACUUCCCAACCAUUGGUCUAAAUGUGUCUGAAGGACGCAAUCACUUGACGGCCAAGACGAUGCAAGGAUUCCGCUAUGUCUACGAUCACUUCUUCAAUGACUUUGAUUGGUUUAUGAAGGCUGAUGACGACACUUAUGUAAUUCCCGAAAAUUUGAGGUACUUUCUAUCUGACCAGAACACAAGUAAACCUAUUUUCUUUGGUCACUAUUUCAAGAACAUCGUUAAACAAGGCUAUUUCAGUGGAGGCGGAGGCUACGUCUUAAGUAAAGAGGCUUUGAGGCGCUUUGGUGAGAGAGGCAAAGACCCCAAGCUAUGUCGUCAGGAUGGGGGCGCCGAGGACGUUGAGAUUGGGAUCUGCAUGCAGAACUUUGGCGUCAAGGCAGGAAACAGCACAGACGCCCUAGGCAGGACGCGAUUCCACUGUUUGACCCCAGAAGUCCAUCUGUUAGGACCGUAUCCUAAGUGGUACUUUGAAUAUGUUGGAAAGCACGCUAAAUGGGGCACUGAAAGUAUCAGCGACUACGCCAUCAGCUUCCAUUACGUAGAUCCAAAGAAAAUGUACAUGUUGGAGUUCUACCUCUACCACCUGCGACUUUCCGAACAGCAGAAAUUGAUCGAAAACAAGAGAUGACUUCAGACUGUUAAAGAGACGUCACAUUUGAGUGAAAAAUUAAGUCUAGAAAAUCAAGCAACAGAAAUUCUAAUACAGUGUUCUCUCGUCACUUUACGGAUUAGCUAUAUCGAAUAUAGAGUUUGUUUAUUGCAAUAUUAUUACUGUACAGUACUAGUUGUUUUUUUUUUCUUUUAUGGCCUUUUACUAUUUUGAGAAUUUUUCACGGGGUCGAAAAACAAAAGUAAUUCUGGCUAAUGGGCCACACCGGAAAAGCUCCACCAAACCGAAGAAUGGGUUAGGGUAGGCGGGGGGGGGGGGAGAGACAUCUAGUUGCAACAUGAUGUAA